AUGCUAGUAUCAAAAGUUGCAAAAUUUUAUAUUGGGCUCAUAUCUAAUAGAUGGUUUUUGGACAAGAUAGUGUAUGAAAAAGAGAUAGAUGUUGCAAAUCAGCUAGCGAUUUUGGCAAUAUAUGAUAAUAAUUUUGGAUCGUUUAAACAUCAUAUUCAUGUCAAUUUUGAGUAUAUUGAAAAAAUUCGUAGGAAAUUUGACAUUAUGAAAAAGGUGUUCGAUUUAUUAAUUGCAAUGGAGCAGUAUGAAGAGUUAUAUGAAAUGCACCUUGAUAUAAUGAAAGAAAUAGAAAUGGGACUCAAGACAGACAAUAAUCAUGAUAAUUUUGUAACUACGAUUAAUAAUCCUGUUGGCAUUCAUUCCAAAGAAAGCAAUUGCAAGAGAUUACAAACUAAGAAAGUCAAGAAAGCUGAUCUCAUCAUUGUGAUACUUGUAGCCAAAUAG